AUGAACCUGGAGUUCAUGCUGAAGCUCAACACGGAGCUCAUCCAGUUCGAGGACGAUCUGGCCAAGCUGCACGCCUCCAUCAACGCCAUCCUCUUCUCCGACCGCGACCUCGAGCUCAUGAACCUCACCCAGCGCCACGAAAUGGAGGAGAAGCGCAAGCACCAAAACCGUACGGGCUAUUUUGACGACGGCGGGCCGUACGCCUCGUCCACCGCCGGCAACCACAGCCACGGCGGCGGCGGCAACAACGGCAACGGCGGCAGCACCAACGGUCGGGGCGCCGCCAAUCGAAGUUCGUCCGCGUCGUCGUCGGGGCUGUCGUGGGAGGAGGAGCUGGUGGUGGACCGAACCGAGGUGGAGAUCCUGCUCGAGAACUACGCCAAGUGCGUGGACGACCUCCUCACCCGGGUCAAGCUCAUCAACCGCAACAUACGCAACUGCGAGAAGAUGCUCGAGAUCAACCUCAACAGCUCCCGCAACAGGAUCAUGCAAACGGAGCUGCGGAUCAGUGUGGCGGCGCUGGUGUUGGGCGGGGCGUCGGUGUCGGCGGGCUUCUUCGGGAUGAACCUCACCUUCCCCGACUGGUUCGAGUCGCCCCAGGCCUUCCCGGCCGUCGUCGGCACCACCCUCUUCUGCUCCUUCGCCUUUGGCUUCAGUUUGCUGAAAUGGGCGCGGUACAAGCGGAUUCUGCUGCCGAUCACGGCCGCGUCGUCGACGCCCGUGUUCAAGCUGCCGACCCUCGUGCCCAGCCGGGUCAAGAAGGCCGUCUCCUCGCUCCUGCACCCCGCCGCCCACCAACACCAACACCCUCACACUCACCACCCGCCCGCCUCUGCCACCAUCCCGCCGCCCACACCGUCCGCCGCCGCCAAGCCGGCUUCAGCUUCGCCCUCUCCUCCUCCCGCAGCGCACAAGAGCUGA